AGAGAACUGGCAGUCUGCAGCCUUGGCGGCGGCCAAGUGCAACGAUCUAGGGUCCGCGGGGGCGGAGCGGCAAGAGCGGCCGCCGGGGAAACUGCGGCGGCAGCGGCGGCGGCAGAAGAGAUCCGCACCUCCGGCCGGCCAGGCCCGCGAGCUAACCCCAGGCAGGGCGUCUAUGGGGCGCCGCCUCCACCUGGCCCCGACCCCGACCGUGACCCCAGCCGGCGGCGCACGCCUGUCCUGACCUGGACUUGGGGUUUCUGCAGAAGAUCGCGUGUCCCGAAGAGGUGUUGGAGAGUACCAUGGCUGAGCAACUCCUUCCUCUGGCUUUGUACUUGAGCAAUAUGCGGAAAGCUGUGAAGAUAAGAGAGAGAACUCCAGAAGAUAUUUUUAAACCUACCAAUGGAAUCAUUCACCAUUUUAAAUCCAUGCACCGGUACACACUGGAAAUGUUCAGAACUUGCCAGUUUUGUCCACAGUUUCGGGAGAUCAUCCACAAUGCUCUCAUCGACAGAAACAUCCAGGCCUCCCUGGAAAGCCAGAAGAAGCUCAACUGGUGUCGAGAAGUCAGGAAGCUUGUGGCGCUGAAAACAAAUGGUGACGGAAACUGCCUCAUGCACGCCGCUUCCCAGUACAUGUGGGGUGUUCAGGACACAGACUUGGUCCUGAGGAAGGCGCUCUUCAGCACCCUCAAGGAGACGGACACCCGCAACUUUAAAUUCCGCUGGCAGCUGGAGUCUCUUAAGUCUCAGGAAUUCGUGGAAACGGGGCUUUGCUACGAUACCCGGAAUUGGACUGAUGAAUGGGACAGCCUUGUCAAAAUGUCAUCCACGGACACACCGGUGGCCCGCAGUGGACUUCAGUAUAAUUCACUGGAAGAGAUACACAUAUUUGUCCUUUGCAACAUCCUCAGAAGGCCGAUCAUUGUCAUUUCAGACAAAAUGCUGAGAAGUUUGGAGUCGGGUUCCAAUUUCGCUCCUUUGAAGGUGGGCGGAAUUUACUUGCCUCUCCAUUGGCCUGCCCAGGAAUGCUACAGAUACCCCAUCAUUCUCGGCUACGACAGCCAACACUUUGUACCCCUGGUGACCAUGAAGGACAGUGGACCUGAAAUCCGAGCUGUUCCACUUGUUAACAGAGAGAGAGGAAGAUUCGAAGACUUAAAAGUUCACUUUUUGACAGAUCCUGAGAAUGAGAUGAAGGAAAAGCUCCUGAAAGAGUACUUGAUGGUGAUAGAAAUCCCUGUUCAAGGCUGGGACCAUGGCACCACCCAUUUAAUUAACGCUGCAAAGUUGGAUGAAGCUAACUUACCCAAAGAAAUAAACCUGGUAGAUGACUACUUUGAACUUGUCCAGCACGAAUACAAGAAGUGGCAGGAGAGUAAUGAGCAGGGGCAGGGAGACCCACACCCCCAGAACCCUCUGGGACCUUCCGUGCCGCAGCUGUCUCUCAUGGGCAUCAAAUGCGAAACGCCCAACUGUCCUUUCUUCAUGUCCGUGAACACCCAGCCCCUGUGUCACGAGUGCUCGGAGAGGCGGCAAAAGAAACAAACCAAAGGCCCCAAGGCCAACUCCAAGGCGGGCCCUGAGGCGCUGCCCCGCCUGGUGCUCGGGGCCUCCCGGGGGGAGGCCUGGAGCCCCGAGGAGCCCGCCGGGGGUCCCCACUCAGCCCCUCCGACAGCACCCAGUCUCUUCCUGUUCAGCGAGACCACGGCCAUGAAGUGCAGGAGCCCCGGCUGCCCUUUCACCCUCAACGUGCAGCACAACGGCUUCUGCGAGCGAUGCCACAACGCCCGGCAGCUUCCCGCGGGCCACCCCGCGGACCCCGCGCAGCAUCUCGACCCGGGCAAGUGCCGAGCCUGCCUCCAGGACGUCACCAGGACGUUUAACGGGAUCUGCAGUGCUUGCUUUAAAAGGACUACAGCCGAGCCCGGCCCGAACCUCAGCUCGGGCAGCCCCCUCUCCUGCCACCAGCGCUCCAAGUCCGACCCCUCACAGCUCUCCCAGAGCCUCUCCCCGCACGCCUGCCGCGGAGCCGGGCCCAAGGCCCCCUCUGGCCGCCACUCCCCGGCCGCACGGACUCCCGGGGACAGGACGGGCACCAGCAAGUGCAGGAAAGCGGGCUGCAUGUACUUUGGGACUCCAGAGAACAAAGGCUUUUGCACGCUGUGUUUCAUCGAGUACAGAGAAAAUAAACAUUUUGUCCCUGCCUCAGGGAAAGCCAGCCCCACAGCCUCCAGGUUCCAGAACACUGUCCCCUGCCUGGGCAGGGAAUGCGGCGCCCUCGGAAGCAGUGUGUUUGAAGGAUACUGUCAGAAGUGUUUCAUCGAAGCUCAGAAUCAGAGAUUUCAUGAAGCGAAAAGGACUGAAGAGCAGCUGAGGGCGAGCCAGCACAGAGACUUGCCCCGAGCCCCCCAGAACACCUGGUCCAAGGGCACGCGGGCCACCUGCAGGAAUGUGCUGGCCUGCUGCAGCCAGGAGCUAUGCAUGGAGUGCCAGCACCUCGGCCAGCGUGUGGCCACCAGCGCCCGGCGGCCCGAGCCCGUCCCUGAGGAGCCCCCCACGCAGCGCUGCCGGGCCCCCGCCUGUGAGCACUUCGGGAACGCCAAGUGCAACGGCUACUGCAACGAGUGCUUUCAGUUCAAGCAGAUGUACGGCUAACCUGACCCAGGGGGCCAGCCCCGGCCCGGAGGGGCCUGGAGCCUUAGCUCGCGUGGUGCUGUGCUCCCAGCGCCCCGGUGCCACCCGGGGGUCCAGCCCCGCAUGGGGGGCCAGCGUGUCUCUGAGCAGGGCAGGAAAGAAGCUCUCGGUCACCAGCCUGGAACCUGAGCGAAGCGUGUGACUGGCCGCGGGUGGCGUGGGCUUCAGCCCAGAGCUCCCCCUCCUUCCAAGCAGGCAGCCAGGAACCUCACGGACUCAGAACGCGCGCCAGGACUGCUGCCUCAUGUUUAGAGAAAAGGGAAAAGACACAGGUCAGGCGGGCUGGGAAACUCGGAGCCAGCCCCCCGCCCUCCGUCAGCAUUUCUCGGAGAUGGGAAGCCGAGGCCACAGGCCCUGUGCCGGAAGCUCGGGAAGCUCAGGGGUAACGGGCAGACUCAGAGUGCCAGUCGUUCACGGUUUUGCCCUACCUGCCUCCUUCCUUUCCCACGGACACGGCAGAAGCAGAACCGUCCACAGACUGUGAUGCUGAGGCUGCUGAGACUGAACAAGUCCACGGUGAAAAGCACACCAGCUGCUCUUUGCAAUAUGCACCUUGUAGAACUCAAUAUUCUCAGUGGGCAGGUGUGUAACUCUUUCGGUUAUCACUGUCUUUACUUCUAAAGCUUAACUUGAACUGAGGUGAGCAUAAACCUGGAACAUACAUAAUGGCCCCUUAUGUUACAUAUGAGGGAAUUUUGUUUGUUACGUUGCGCUGCUGCCCUAGAAGUUUAAGUAAGAAGACUGACUGAUAAUAAUAACCUAUUUUCUGGUUGUUGUAGGGGCAAGCACAACUCAUAGGCGUGAACUCCACCAGCAGACUCUUGUGUCUGUGUAAUCACUUUAUUUAUUUGAUUGCAAACUUUAAGGUUAUUUAAGUGAAGCUGUUUCUUCCGGUCUGCAGAA